AUGUCAACCAUCAACGACUUUCUGAAAAACUAGAUACAAUCAUUAACUGAAUGCUAUUUGGAAUAAAGCCAUAAAUCAAUAAUAUUGGAUUUUUCUACUUUUAAUGAUGAAACAUAAUUAAAUUACUUAAAAUCGUAAUCCAUUAAAUCUAUAAUAGACUUCUCCAUUAACCAUUGAUAGGAUAAGAAAAUGAAUAUUAUGAAUUUAAUAAGGAAAGAUUAGAAAAUUUGGAUAAUUUUGAAUAGUAAUUUUUGGAAGUGUUUUAUAAUGAUUUGGUUAUGAAAGAUUUUGUAUCUGCUGUAAAAACAUAUAUUAUAUUAUAUAGAUGAUUUUAGCAAAAGAAUAAUUCAGUAGAAAAUAAAUACUAGAUGAAAAAAACACACCCUUAGAAUUUUUCUAGACAACUCAAUCAACCAUUAAAAGAUGUUGUUUAUUAAAAGAUGAAGAUCCAAAAGAAUUAGCCACAGAACUUAAGAAUUUUGGAUAUUAAAAUAAACCAUCAAUUUAAUUUGUAUGUUUGAAAGUGGAAUAUGAACUUGGCAAAUAAUAGAAUGAAAAUUUAGAAGUUAUUUGUAAGAAAGUUAGAGAUUCAUAAUUAUCAAAAUUAGUACCAAUAUUUGAUGUUCAAUUUAAAAGUGAUAAUAUUCAAAAUCUUUAUCAUGAUGCUAAGUUUGCAUAUUCAACCAUAAAUGCUGCACUUUUGAAUUAAGAAGUUGAAACAGAAUACAUGAUAUUAUGUACAAAUAUUGUAGAUUUGGCAAUACAAUAUUAAGGAGAUAUUGAAUUAAAUGGAGAUAAUUAAAUUAGAAAUUAUUCUGAUAGGUUAAUUUAUUUUGUAUUGAAAAUCUUAUUUAAUUCAAUUCCUCCUAGUUAUGGUGGAAUCUUUUUUACUUUUGAUAGAGGAUUUAUUUAAAGCAAAAAGAUCUUUCAUUUUAUUAAUAAUCUAAAUAAAUUUGAUAUUUAUAUUGCUUGGCCAUUUGGAGUUAAAUUAAAUGCUAAAAUAUUUGAUGAAGUUGCUAAAAGUAAAUAUGUUAUUAAUAUAAUUUAAGGUUAUUCAAUUGUUUAAAGAUAAUAAUCUGCAACUAUUACAUUUAAUUAAAUUUUAAAGAUAUUCUAAAAUUGCUUAGGUGGACAGUAUAAAGAUGAAGCAGAAAAAGAAGUACUGUAACCAAUCAAAUUAGGCUCAACAUCAUGA